AUGGUGACCAGAAUCUUUGAUAUUGAGCCAUUGCUGUGCCAGCCAGCACCUAGAUGUGGGGAUCACAUUUACAACCCCUUCGAGCAGUGCUGUGACAAUGAUACUAUCCUGACCCUGAAUGGCACCAGCCUUUGUGGCCCUGGCUGUAUCUACUGGCCCUGUUUUCAGCAAUGCUGCCUGGAGACCUCAGCUUCCAAGAAUCAGAGGAUUGUUAGGUUCAAGAUCCCAGGCAUGAAACCCAAUUGCAGAUCCUCUCCCAUCUCCACAAUCUGUGCCCAGGUUGUAGAAAAUGACAUGCCCCUUUGCAGGAGAUACAGGCAGAUGUGA